UUCAUGUAAAACGAAAAAAAUAAAAUAGAAUUGACUACUCAUUUUUGUUUUCUUCUUCACAAACAGAGAAGAAAGCUCAUUUGCUAUAAUGGAGGAAGAGCAAAACAAAUCUCCUCUCCACCAUUAUUGGGGAAAUACUCCAGAGGAAGAUUACUACAAUCUUCAAGGUAUCAAAUCUACCAAAUCUUUUUUCACUUCACCUAGAGGUUUAACCCUUUUCACUAGAUCAUGGGUACCCCCCACCCCCACCACAAAAACCCCACCUCAAGGUGUCAUUUUUAUGGUCCAUGGCUAUGGAAAUGACAUCAGUUGGACAUUUCAAGCAACCCCAAUUCACUUAGCUAAAAAGGGGUUUGCUUGUUUUGCUCUUGACCUUGAAGGGCAUGGACAAUCUGAAGGUCUUAAAGCUUAUGUACCAAAUCUUGAUUAUGUUAUUGAUGAUUGUUUGUUUUUUUUCAAUUUUGUUAUGACCCAAAAUCCUGAAUUUCAAGAUUUGCCUAAAUUCCUCUUUGGUGAGUCAAUGGGUGGUGCAAUUUGUCUUUUGAUUCAUUUGAAAAGACCUAAAGAGUUUAAUGGUGGGAUUUUGAUAGCACCCAUGUGUAAAAUCUCAGAUAAAGUAAAACCCAUAUGGCCAAUUGCUCAAUUCUUGACUUUUGUUGCAAGAUUUGCACCAACUUUGGCUAUUGUACCAACAGCUGAUUUGUUGGAAAAAUCUGUUAAAGUCCCUGAAAAAAGGAUUAUUGGUGGGAUGAAUCCUAAUAGAUAUUUUGGAAAACCAAGAUUGGGUACUGUUCUUGAGCUUUUACGUGUGACAGAUUAUGUUAGUAAGAAACUAUGUGAUGUGAAUUUGCCAUUUUUGGUGCUACAUGGAAGUGCUGAUGUUGUCACUGAUCCAGAAGUGAGCAGGGAAUUGUAUAAAUUGGCUAAAAGUACGGACAAGACAUUGAAGAUUUAUGAUGGUAUGAUGCAUUCUUUGUUGUUUGGUGAGACUGAUGAAAAUGUUGAGAUUGUUCGUGGUGACAUAUUGGCAUGGUUGAAUGAUAGAUGCUGAGCUGGGGCGGAACGGGUUCAUAUGAAUCUGUCACUGGAAAAUUACACUAUAUAUACAAGGACGAAAGUAUUUUUUAGUACAUUAGACGAUGAACCCCCUCGAUAAAGGUCCUAUCUCUGCCUGUACUUGGAUUAUAUUCAUGUCAAUCUCAUUUCUAGUUCAUUAGUGUGUGCCAUAUUUGUUAAAGAUCCAAACUUUAGAAGUUUUUUCUCUUGAGAAUGAUGUGUAGAGCUUUCCAAGUAGACCAGAUAUAAAGAUUGCAUUUUUUUCAGCACAAUCAAGAUUGGAUAUUUGUUUCGAAGCAUUCUGUGUUUGCUUAUGAAUGGAUUCUUACAACUUUGUUGAUUCA